AUGAGUCACUGUGGAUAUAGCAAUCACCUCUGUAGUUACCUGCUGUGUGUGUAGAUAGGCAGGAAGAAACCAAGAGUAACCUGAUCUCAGCACAAACACUGGGGCAGACGGAGCAGGUAGACUCGCAGUGAGGAGAGGAAAGGUUGCCAGAAGCAGCAGCCCUUUCAUUAGCUUCCAUGCAGAGCACCACCACUUACUGACUUCCCAUGUGCUUAUUUGGACUUUAGAGUAGAUCUCUACUAACUUCCUGCUUAGGACAGAGGACUUCCUCCCAGGGAACUAUGUAUUUGAAGAAGAAAGUGAGACACAGCUCUGCCUUGGGCAAGCUAGAGACCUCCAAUGUGCCCAGCCUUUUUGGUGAAAUAAGACAAAUUAAUGGCGUUCAGCAACGUGCAAAAACAGCACUAGGAGCAUCCAUAACACACACAGCGCCCCCAAACGGAUUUAUUGAAGAAUGCAGCAAUCUUCAUCUGGACCUUCCAGACUGGCUGGAGAAGGAGCUGAUAAGGAGGAAGCAGAGACGGCACUCCCUGGGCCUUGUAGAAAAUGUAACAGAGAAGGAAAGUCUUCAGAACCAAUCUGAUCCCGCUAGAAACCUUAGGAAAGAGAAGAUGGAAAGGCAAGUGACUCUGGAACAGCUGAAGAAACUGAAGGAUGCAUUUAAAGAGCUUGAAAACAAUGGCCAUAAGUCACUGGAUGUGGAGAAAUUCAAAUGGGUCUUGAAGAAAUGUACAGGACUACAGGGAGCUAACGAUGAACAAAUAGAGAAACUCUUUAUGAAAAUAGACUUUACAGCGAGUGGAAAAAUCCGCUGGGAUGAGUUCUGCACCUACAUGCAGCUGGACUACUCAGAACUGGAGGAAUCCAACAGCAGGAGCAGGAGAAUCAGUUUCAUACUGCCAGCUACAGUCCACGAAAUGAUUCAUGGGGAUCCCAUCCUGAGGGUUUUUCCCAUGCCAGACAACACUCUGAUAAUGCUCCGGGAAGAUGGACAUAUAUAUUUUUGGUCUGCGCAGCUAAAACUGAAACGUGAUAAGGCAAUCUUUGAAAAAAGUGUUAAAAAGAUGCCAAAGUGGGUGACAGAUUUCACUAUAAUGCUGCAGUAUAACAAGUUGAUCUUGGGAACUGGGGACCGUGAACUUCAGUUUUAUGAGCUGUCCAACCUUGAGCCCUACUGCCAAAUCACUGGACUGGAAACUAUGCCUUUGAAACUGGAUUAUUGCGCAACUGAUACUGAUGAGUGCCUGAUACUGUACGGCGAUGACCAGGGAUGUGUGAAUAUUCUUCUUUUAUCAUCUGUGGGACAAACCCUAAGAAUGUGGAAGAAGAUGCCCAGACCUGAUAAUAUUGUGCCUACAAUCGGUAUUGACAACGCUAUUCUUUCUCCUCAUGUAUCUUUCAUCUCUUGGAAAGUCCAUGGUGAUUGGGUUACACAGAUGAAAUACUAUGACUCAAUAAAGGCUAUAAUAUCUGCCUCCAAUGAUGAAGCUACUGCUUUGGUAAUAGGUUGCACUACUGGAACAACAAAUGUAGAGCAACAGAUGAAAGACAUUAAGGAUCACAUGAAGGACACAAAGUGGAAAAAAGGACCGGCCACCAUUGGGCCACCACAGAAAAGGGCUGCUGGAGAUCAGACUGCGUUCCAUGUCUACAAAGGAGUGAAGACAUUUGCAUUUUGCAAGAAGAAUAGUCUUGUUGUGACAGGUGGAAUGGAUCGGAUCAUUCGGAUGUGGAAUGUUUACGUGCCUGCGCGAGUGACAGGCAUGCUCAGGGGCCAUACUGCUCCAAUCUUUUCAUUGGAUAUAUCUUCAGAAGAGAACAAGAUAUUUUCUAUUGCCACAGAUAAUACCAUAAAGAUUUGGGAUAUACAGAGUCAAACCUGCAUGUUUUCUACCUGUUCCAAAUCCAGUGGAAUCAGAGGAGAGCUGAGUGCUUGUGUGUACAUCCCCAGCAUCAAAGCUCUUUGCGUCACCACUGAUGACAUAGCUCUUCUUCAGAUUAAGCUAAAAUCGGUCAUUCCGCCCCACCUGGAUGUCUCUCACAAGGAGUCAGUGUUAUGCUGCAAGUACAACAAAACCUUUAGACAAGUGGUAACUUGCUCAGAAGGCUCCGUAGUAAAAGUAUGGGAUUUUGAGACAGGUAAACAGCUAUUUGAGUUUAAUGGCGCACAUGGAGAUGCUGGAAUAACGUGUUCAACAUUUGACCAUAGUGGAAGAAGGCUCAUAACAGGAGGAAGAGAUGGACGUCUAAAAAUCUGGAAUCAUAAUACGGGACAGUGCUUGCAUACGCUAAAAAGAGGUGCUAAAUCUGAUGAAGUCUGUGACUGUACAUAUGCUGAAAUAAACAAAAAUAGAUAUAUUAUGGCCGUUGGAUGGGACAGAAGAAUUAACAUGUAUUAUGACUCUGAAAAUGACUUACAUCACUUUCAGGAACCCCAGCCAUGCUGGCAGGAUGAUUUAAUACGAGGGCACCGUGAAGACAUUCUGUGUAUAGCUCAGAAUCCUCCUAAUCUCCUGGCCAGUUCUAGUUAUGAUGGGGAGAUUAUUGUGUGGAACAUGAUCUCGGGUCAUAUACACUGCAGACUUAAUUCCCCCAUUCAUGCUGAUGCAGGAAAGCAAUUUACAGACAGGAGUGUGAGCAAGAUCCUGUUCCUGAGAACGCGAACUAAGAAUCAGCGGCCAACAGCAUCUCUGCUAUCCAAUGGGCCUCAAGGUUCAGUCAACUUUUGGAGUUUGCUGCAAGGAGGAAAAAUGAUAGCAAGCUUUAAACCGUCUAGAAUGGGAUCCCAAGUGAGCAGCCUUGCUGUUAAUGAAGACGACACGCUAAUGUUUGCUGCAGACCACACCGGCUAUAUUUAUGUUUAUGAUAUCACAGAAUACGCCAUGCAAGAGACAGAGAAGGAACCAGCAAAAUUGGUGACGCUAUGGAGAGCUCAUGUGGACACAAUUACCCAUUUAGAAGUGGUCGAUGAAGAUAAAGUUAUCCUGUCCUCUUCAAUGGAUGGCGCUGUUCGUCUUUGGGGACUGAGUGGAGAAUUUAUUGGAACAUUUGGUCAGAUGGACUUGUGGGAGAUUUUCACACCAGCUUCUUGGAAACACCCUAUGGUUCCCUUUGAGAUUCUGAUUGACCCUGAAAGCAUGCCUACUCAUCCAGUGCUAGGGGAACCAGCCGAUAUCUCAGAAAUCAUUUCUCCUGAAAAAAAGGAAGCCCAAGAGGCAUCUCAUGUUCAGAAAGAAAUAAGCUACAACCCGAAACUUUCAGUCCCAGCCAUCACAGAAGAAGACAUCAAUGAAGAAAUUAAGAAUCAGCACCUUUUACAAUGCCAGGGAAAGCGGUUACGUCAAGAGAGGCACGUGAUUACACAUAAACCUUUGGAUCAUGGUGGACCAAACACCUUUCAUACACUCCGAUACUUUGAUCUUGCAAACAACCCUGUAACCAUAGCAAAGCCUGAUGUUUCUGCAGCUGCCAACGACCCUUUCCAAAGCUAUAUAAUAUCAGACGCAGACACGUAGAAACAGCCUGCUUCUGUUUACACAUUUGUAAAUGUGUAUUUAUUAGAUUUAUGUUUUAAUGAUUAAGGAAGUCUCCAUCUAAGAUGCUUUUUGUGCUAUUUAUCUUAAUAAAU